UCUGCUCUGAGCGCAGUCAUGGACGAGAGACUGCGAACCUUCGCGCUCGCGUGGAUCGUGGCGGGCUGGCUCCUGUGCCUGGCGGAGGCCAAGUACCGAUACGCGAGCUCCGAUUUGGAGGAUCCACUGUCGGUAUUGCUGCAACUUCAGCCGAGCACGGGGGGGCCCUACGGCCGCGACGUCGAGAACGUGCUCAUGAGGACCACCUAUUACACGGAGGACAUCGUCAACGUUGUGUUUCUUGAUAGAGAUGCGGACCGGUGGCGGGUGCCCGACGCGGUGCUCCCCGGUCCGCAAAACGCGAGUCACCCCAACUUGGAGGUUUCCCUUUCGAAGGGCGAGUCGUUUGGGUUUUCGAUCAGACGGCGCGCCGACGCGGAACAGCGGCCCAUCUUCGAAGUUUCCGACGACGGCGGCUUGGUGUUCGAGGACCGGUACCUUGAGAUAACCACCUCGCUUCCGGGGGACCCGGUGAUUUACGGGCUCGGAGAGCGCGUGGCGCCGCUGCGUUUGCCCUACGACGACCGCACAUACACGAUUUUUACAAAGGACUUGGCCACUCCGGAGUUCUUGAACGUCUACGGCGCGCACCCUUUUUACAUGGAGAUGAGGAACGGCAAGGCGCACGGCGUGCUCCUGCUGAACAGCAACGGCAUGGACGUCGUGCUGAAGAACGAGUCCCUGACGUUCAAGGUUAUGGGGGGCGUGCUGGACUUCUUCUUCUUCAACGGUCCGACCCCCAGGGACGUGGUGCGCCAGUACCUGUACGUGAUCGGGAAGACGCACUUUCCGCCGUAUUGGAGUCUCGGGUGGCACCAGUGUCGAUACGGGUACAAGACGGUGCAGGAGACGGCCGAGGUCGUGCAGAAGUACGCGGACGCCGGGAUUCCGCUGGAGGCCAUGUGGAACGACAUCGAUUACAUGGACGGUUAUCGAGAUUUCACGGUCGACCCAGUCAACUUUCCGGAGGGCGAGGUGAGGUCGCUGGCGAGCAGGCUGCACAGCCACCACCAGAAGUACGUGUUGAUUUUCGACCCCGGCAUCAAGGUCGACUACCAGUACGAGGCGUUUUUGGAGGGCAUGAGGAAGGACGUCUUCGUCAAGAGCGCUGCCGAGUCGUACUUGCUCGGCAGAGUCUGGCCCGGAGACGUGUACUUCGUCGACUUCACGCACCCGAGGGCGGCCGAGUACUGGGGCGGAGAGCUGCAAAAGUUCCACAAAAAGGUCGGAUUCGACGGGAUCUGGAUCGACAUGAACGAAGUGUCGAACUUUUGCGACGGAGAGUGCUCCAAGGACCCUCGAGGCGGGGCGGACGAGCGUUCGCGCUGGUUUAAGAGAAUCGAGUGGGUCUCGUCGGCGCUCUACUCGCUGUGCGUACGGCAGUUACUAGGCCUUUUGCAAAUGGUGCUCAGGACCGACUGGUUCAAGACUCAUUCCCCUCAGUCCCCGCUCUCUCGACCGCCCAGCGCGGCGCCCUCUUUCGCGCCCGAAAACGGCGGAGAGCCCAUGGACGCGCACACCAUCUCGCUGUCGGCCGUUCAAUCGCUCUCGACGGCGUACAACGUGCACAACCUCUACGGCCACACCGAAGCCGCGGCGACGUACGAGGCGGCGAACAGAAUCUACGAAAAACGAACGCUGAUCAUCACGAGGUCUAGCUUCGUGGGAACCGGCCGAUACGCCGGCCACUGGCUCGGAGACAAUCACUCCACUUGGAAGGACCUCCACUACUCGAUUUCCGGAAGCAUCACGAUGGGCCUCUUCGGCAUCCCUCUAGUCGGCGCCGACAUUUGCGGGUUCAUCGGAAACACGACGUCGGAGUUGUGUGCUCGCUGGAUUCAACUGGGCGCCUUCUACACGUUCAGUCGAAACCACAACGAAAAGGAAGCCGUCUCCCAAGAGCCGUACGCCUUCGGCCCCGCUUUAUCGAAGACCGCCAAAAACACGAUAAAGCUCAAGUACUCGCUGCUGCCCUACUACUACACGCUGUUCUACGAGUCCCACACGCUGGGGGACCCCGUGCUGAGGGGCCUGUUCUACGAGUUCCCCGACGACGCCAACACUCUGGAAAACGAUCGCCAACUGAUGGUGGGACCGUACUUGAUGGUCGUUCCCGUGCUGCAAGAAAAAGCCGUCUCCGUCGACGGGUAUUUGCCGUCCGGACUCUGGUACGACUACUUCACCGGAGAACUCUACAACUGCACCUGUCCCCAGGACCGCCUGCGGACGUUCGACGCGCCGCUCCACAAGAUCAACCUUCUUCUCCGCGGCGGGGGAAUCCUGCCCCUCCAGGACCCAGGCAUGACCACUUACGAGUCUCGGGGAAACCCCUUCCGACUCCUCGUCUCUCUUGAUGAGGGCCUUCGAGCCGAGGGCAAGCUCUAUCUCGACGACGGACAAUCGCUCGAUUCGUUGGAAAGGGAAAAGUACACGCUGAUCCACUUUUCCGUCGCCGAGUCCACUCUGCACAUUGUCCCACAAGUGCUCAACUACAUCCCCCAGCCUCGCUCUGUGCUCAAGGAAAUCAAGAUUCACGGGUCGCCCGACGUCAGUCGGGUCACAAUUGACUCGAAGGAACUCUCGAAAUCUUCUUGGGAAGUGGUCUCGGGAAGUCGCUGGCGCACGCUCGUCAUCUCUCAUCCCAUCAACCUUUUCAGCUCAGCUACCACCACCGUCCAGUGGUCGUGAUUGUGCGUUUUUCGUUGCCCAUUUCUGAGAAGCGCGCUCGAAGACAUUGUGAAGCUUUUCAGCGCACGCCUGAAAGCCGAGGUGACUGCCAUGCGACGGAACUCUCGGUUUCGAAGAGCGUCGAGAGUGCCAUGGUUCAGAGCCGGUGCAAUGUGAAAAUAGAGAAUUUAUUUACAUAAAAGAUUUUUUUGAAUUCCAAUUCAAAAAAA